UGCCAACCCUUCUUUAUUCUUUCUCUCUUACACAUUCAAGCUCAUCCUUAUAUAUAUAUAAUCUCCACCAAAACCCCUUGGGAAGAAUAAGCUCUCCAUCUCCAUAUCAGAAGAAACCGAAACCACCAAAACCCCACAAAGAACAUAGCGCACCAAGUUAUGUCCACCCACUCCUCACCCUUCCCCUCUUGCUUCCGGCCCCCCUCCGCCGACAACCUCCGCGCCGAGGCGGCGGCGGCGGCGCCCCCGCCGCUCCCCCCGCCGCCCCCGCGGCCGCCGGGGGGGAACGACAACGCGAACCUCACCACCUGCCUCUACCACACCCGCCUCGGCCUCUUCUCCCUGACCUGGUCCAAGACCCUCUUCGGCCGCUCCCUCCACCUCAGCCUCCAUUCCCACCACGGCUCCAGUUUCUUGGACUACAAUUCGUCGCCUCUCUCGCCUUCGUCCUCGACAUUCUCGUUUCAGCUCCAUAUCAAGCCCUUGGUGUUUUGGAAGAAGCACGGCUCCAGGAAGCUCGAUGCCGACAAGACCGGGACGAGCUCGAGCAUCCGGAUCUUUUGGGACCUCGCGAGGGCCAAGUUCGGGUCCGGGCCAGAGCCCGCAUCCGGGUUCUACAUCGCGGUGGUCGUCAACGGCGAAAUGGCGCUCCUCGUGGGCGACGCGGAGAAGUCGGCUUACAACAAGACUAAGGCCCGGAAGCCCGCGGAGAGAGGCCAAGUCUUGUUCUUGAGGAGAGAGCACUUGUUCGGCCACCGGGUCUACGCGACGAGCGCGAGGUUCGGCGGCAAGAACCGGGCGAUCUCGAUAGACUGCAACGUGCACGGCGACGGGAAGCUGUACAUCAACGUGGAUAAAAGAAGGGUUCUGCAAGUAAAGAGGUUGAAGUGGAAAUUCAGAGGGAACGAGCGGGUUGAAGUCGAUGGGGUCAAUUUCCAAGUCUCCUGGGACGUGUACAAUUGGCUCUUUGAGGACGCUAGCGAUUCUCAUGCAGUGUUCAUGUUCAGGUUCGAGAAGCAAUUCAGCAAUAAUGAGGAGAUAGGAGGAGGUGGCGAUGACGGUGUUAAUGCGGUGAGCAACCUCUUGCUGUGGUCGCAACCUUCGUGCAGCUUCGGGAUGAACGAGAUCGAGCUGAGGAAGAUGAGAAAGAGCAAGUUGCGGAGCGCGAGGAGCUCCUCCUCCUCCUCGAUAUCGUCUUCGGCGUCCUCCGGCGGGAGCUCCUCGGUCAUGGAGUGGGCGAGCACGGAGGAGAACGAGCUGAGCGGCCCGUUCGUCGGGUUCUCGUUGCUCGUUUACGCUUGGAAGAGAUGAUGCAGAUCCAAUUCGAUUCCAUUCCAUUAGCGAGAGCAAUUUAAUCCCUCUCUUUCGCGUGAAUUCGGUAAACAUCGAAAUUUCUCAUGAGCGCAAGCUAAGCUUGCUCUAUUUCAUUGUGGAACACCAAGUAAGAUUUCAUUACAUAUAGGAAGAUAGGCAUGUAAAUUCAUAGGUAUUCCAUUGAAGAACUGAGAUUGAAGUCA